UGCAGCGCUUCUUAACCUCACAUUCUCCGCUUGUACUUUAACACCAACCACUUCCUCUCAAGUAAUGGCGUCGGUGUGAAGCAGUCCUACAGCAAACAUUGGACAAUAUUCCCAGAAAACUAACUAAUACAGACGCUCAUAUAGCGAUUUGAACAAGAUGCCGGUGACCGUAGGACCGUACGGACAGACGCAGCCCAGUUGCUUUGACAGAGUCAAGAUGGGCUUCAUGAUGGGUUUUGCUGUGGGCAUGGCUGCAGGUGCCAUGUUUGGAACGUUCUCCUGUCUCAGGAUCGGCAUGAGGGGUCGAGAGUUGAUGGGCGGAGUUGGGAAGACGAUGAUGCAAAGCGGUGGAACGUUUGGAACGUUUAUGGCCAUUGGGAUGGGUAUCCGCUGCUGAGAUCACACUAAUGCCACUUCUGAAAUGACAGGACUUUCUAGUUUCAUCCCUUUGUUAUCAUGCCCACAUUCAAGGACGCAGAUGUUAAUAAAGACUGAUUUAAAAAAAAAAAAAAAAAAAAAAAUCCUAGGCUCAAUCUAAGAUCUAAUUGCUGACGGUUGCUAGAUUAUGACACUUUGAGGACAACCGUGGGAUUGACCUUUAGCAGUGACCUUUGCUGCUGGAUGACAAUGAAAUGACCACGGAGAAGAUAAAGAACGUCUCUUUAAUUUUGGACAAAUUGUUACUUUAAAGAAAUGACAUGCACUUACCUUGAGGUGCUGCUACGUUAGUGCCAUCUAAAGGAUUGACAAUUCCGGGAUAGUCUUUGCCGAAUGAAAGAUGUUUGAUGAAAUGCGUCAUGUUGAUCUGUGGUCAUACCAAACAAAUUGUGUUAGGUCUAAUAUUAUGGGCAGAUCAGUGUUAUUGAAAAGAAGUGAAGCAACUCACAUUGUCUAGUCCAAAGCUCUGCAGAUCAUGAACUGAAAAUAAAGGAAUCAAUUAAAAACAAGA